UAAAGUGCCGCAUUGCCGUAGUGAAGUGGGGUGCGUUCACUGCGCAGCUAGAUCCCGACCCUUGCACUGAAGUGCUGAAGACGAGUGCUCUGUGGAGGAAGACACAGGGCAGCCUGGACACGCAGCUGCAGGUACUAGAGCAAGGGCCACAGCUCACCAACCAUUCUGCUUCCACAGGGAACCCUGGGUGGGUGACUUCUCUCUUCUUUACCUCCGUGAUCCCUUCAUUAUGGGGAAGGAGAAGAUUCACAUUAAUAUUGUUGUGAUUGGCCAUGUGGACUCGGGGAAGUCCACCACCACGGGCCACCUCAUCUAUAAGUGUGGGGGCAUCGACAAGAGAACCAUUGAGAAAUUUGAGAAGGAGGCUGCAGAGAUGGGGAAAGGCUCCUUUAAAUAUGCCUGGGUUCUGGACAAGUUGAAGGCAGAGCGGGAAAGAGGCAUCACCAUAGACAUCUCCCUGUGGAAGUUUGAGACUUCCAAAUACUACAUCACCAUCAUAGAUGCUCCAGGACACAGAGACUUCAUCAAAAACAUGAUCACAGGGACUUCCCAGGCGGACUGUGCAGUUCUCAUCGUGGCAGCCGGAGUGGGCGAGUUCGAGGCGGGAAUCUCCAAGAACGGGCAGACGCGUGAGCAUGCCCUUCUGGCCUACACGCUCGGCGUCAAGCAGCUGAUCGUGGCCGUCAACAAGAUGGACUCCACUGAGCCACCUUACAGUGAGAAGCGCUAUGACGAGAUUGUCAAGGAGGUCAGCACCUACAUCAAGAAGAUCGGCUAUAGCCCUGCUGCAGUCCCGUUUGUGCCCAUUUCGGGGUGGCACGGUGACAACAUGCUGGAGCCUUCUUCCAACAUGCCAUGGUUUAAGGGCUGGAAGCUGGACAGGAAGGAGCAUCAUGCCAGUGGAGUCAGUCUACUGGAGGCUCUGGACACCAUCCUGCCACCCACACGGCCCACUGACAAGCCCUUGCGUCUCCCUCUGCAGGAUGUCUACAAGAUCGGUGGCAUCGGGACAGUGCCCGUGGGCAGGGUGGAGACCGGCAUCCUGCGGCCCGGCACGGUGGUGACCUUCGCCCCCGUCAACAUCACCACGGAGGUGAAGUCCGUGGAGAUGCACCACGAGUCGCUGAGUGAGGCGUUGCCGGGCGACAACGUGGGCUUCAACGUGAAGAACGUGUCCGUGAAGGACAUCCGCAGGGGCAACGUGUGCGGCGACAGCAGAUCGGACCCGCCCCAGGAAGCUUCUGGCUUUACAGCACAGGUCAUCAUUCUGAAUCACCCGGGUCAGAUCAGUGCCGGCUACUCCCCUGUCAUCGACUGCCACACGGCUCAUAUUGCCUGUAAAUUCGCUGAGCUGAAGGAGAAGAUUGACCGACGAUCAGGAAAAAAACUGGAGGAUAACCCCAAGACCCUGAAGUCUGGAGAUGCCGCCAUUGUGGACAUGGUUCCCGGGAAACCCAUGUGUGUGGAGAGCUUUUCUGAGUACCCUCCUUUAGGGCGCUUCGCUGUCCGAGAUAUGAGACAGACCGUUGCUGUUGGCGUCAUCAAGAAUGUAGAGAAGAAGAUUGGUGGGAGUGGCAAAAUCACCAAAUCGGCCCAGAAAGCUCAGAAAGCUGGCAAAUGAACCAGCGCCUCACUGUUGCCCUUGUAUCCCCAGAUACCCCCCCCCCCCCGCUCCACCACAACCAAUCAGCAGCCUCUGCUCUCCACCUGGGCUCGCUCGCUCACUGUUUCUUGCACUUUAAACACAUUCUCCAUUCCUGAUUUUACACUUGGUGUCUUUCUUCAUAGAAAGGUGAAUUAUGCAUUUUGAAUGCUCAGGUUGUCUUCCCCAUAAUUACAUUAUCAUUUUUAUUUAUUACAUAUAUGAUGUGUAGGAGGUUUGCCUUUGAGGUUUAAGAUACAACUAUAAAAUGGAGUCGGUGGUAGAGAGUAGGGUAGUGCUGUGAGUGGAUUGUUUCUCUGGAUGGCUUUGAGCUUGGACUAAAUACCUGUGUGGUGAGCUUGUCUUAAAUAACCAACUGUUUAAGAGAAAUAAAAUGUUGUCGACCAUUUUAUUUUGGUUUAACUUCCUGUUUACAGGUACUCACUCUACACCAUAAUUUAUUGAUGCUUUCUCUGUACUGUAAAAAAAGGUACUUAGUGACCCCGAAGCCCCAGUGAUUCGCUAAUAAAAAAUACUGCAGAUCAGAGUUUGAGUUCACUGUG